AUGAUGACGAUGACGUCUUUGUACACAUGGUUUCAUCCCACCACCGGCACCCACGCCGGUUUUAGUUUCAGUGACGAGGACGCAGAUGACAAGCCGCCUACACAUGGAACAGCUCGCAGCGAAGGUAUUCAACUGGCAAUUGAUGUUGUGAAACAGCCUCUAACUGAACAGUACGACGAGACACCCCUGAAGUCUGAACAUUUGCUGGAACUUCUGCGGUAUUGCCUUAAAACCUACUUCACAUCUGGUGGGCAAAUGUAUGAACAAAUUAAGGGCACUCCAAUGGGCUUCCCCCUAUCAGGCCUGAUUGCUAAAGUGGCCCUUCAACGGACUGAACAACUGGUCUUCACCAAGUAUCAACCGAAGUUUUGGGCUCGUUAUGUCGAUGACACUUUCAUCAUUAUCCAAAAAAUCCGAUAUUGA